CCCAUGGACAAGGCGAUGGAACGUGCCAAGGUGCUCGACUACGAUCUUCAGCGCCAGGUCAAGCCGCAUAUGGCCCUACUUAGUCGUCCUCUUCCUUCCAUUUACUAUCCCGAUUUCAUUGCUGCCAACCAUGAAGCACGUGCGGACAGUGUCGUCCCUGGCACCGACAAGCAGGCUCAUCUCGAGCACACAUUCGGGCUGACAUUCGCCGUUUUUAGGCCGAGAACCAGCUUGAUCGUGCCGUCGUAUUCUGGACUGCGAACGCGGAACGCUACAAACUCGCAUUCGGAGGUGUCUCCCUCGACUAUCUUCGCUGUUGCUGCCAUUCUCGAGGGCAAGUCAUUCGUUAACGGUGCCCCUCAGAACACGUUUGCGUCUGGUGUCAUUGCCUUGGCUGAGCGUGAGAAGUCUUUCAUUGGCGCUGAUGACCAAUUUUCGACUAGACGAUCCUUACUGAGCUGCUUCCUCGAGUCAAAUACCGCGGGAGGGCCAGCGCCUCUCGUCAAACGUGGUACCGACGUUGCCAACAGCCUCUGCAGGCCGCGUAACGUGCUUUAG